CGAGGGCAGAGCCCGGCUUGGUCUGGCUCCCCUGCGUGUCCCCAGAGCUGCCCUCCCCGUGAUGGGUUGUGGUGGGUGCAGGUACCCAGUGGGCACUCUAUAUAAAGUUAUUCUCACCCCCUUCCUUACUCUCUGCAUCAGCUCCAGAGCCUUUGCCUCAGGGUGGGGGUGGCGGUUUGAAAGUGUCUGCUGACAGCCGCUCGGCUCAUGUGACUUGCCUGACGCCCUCUCCCUUUCCAGCAGAAGCCUGGGGUGGGAGCCCGGUGGUCUGAUGCUGCGGAGGCCUUGUCAGAUCCCAGCUGGGACGUCCUCCCCGAUCGGGUGGGUGGGAACCCGCUGGGGUCGGACUCGUGAGCCACUUUCACGCCCCACGCCCACCCCUCCGUCUCCCCACAGCCGUAGCCUCCUGCCAGCUGCCGUCAGCCGUGUGGUAGGGGAGCCGCUCGAGCGGCCCUCCCCUUUGUGCGAAGCCAGCACCUUCAUAGCUGAACCCCCUGAGUUCCUCAGAGCCCCGAGAUGGGUGGGGGGAGGCAGGGCGGGAAUGCCAGGAGAUGGAAGCCCCCGGCCCCCGCCAGGGAAGGAAGUGAGCCUGUGGAGGGUCAGGCUUCAGGAUGGCCAUGAUGGUGACAGCCAUGGUGGGGUGAUCUAAGCUCUCCGGUGCGUUUACUCCUUUAAUCUCACAGCAGCCAGAAGGGAAAGCUGAGGCUCAUGGGUGCCAAGGCUACACAGACAGUAAAGGGAGAAGCUGUGUUCAAACCAGAGGGAGCAGGACUCACCCUCUGCUCUGUUCCCCAGAAGCCUCCCAGGCAGGGCUCCUUCUUCACCACAGGACAGAGGCUGCGCCCCUGAGCCUGGUGGGGAGGCCUUCCCAAGCCGGUGUCCAUCCCCGUCCAUCCCCCAGCACCCCCAGCACCCCUGUUCUAAUCCACAGACCCUGGUUCCCUCUGCCCUGCGUCCCCACACUGUUGCACACGUCGUCCCCAGACAGAGCGCUGCUCUGCUCUCCCGGGUUCCCGUGAUGCCGCCUCACGCUGUUGUUAUUUGUUUGGAUCCAUCUCCCCCCACUGGACCCAGGAACAUCGCAGGAGACCGCGUCUGUUGCCUCUGGCUGCACGAAGGAGACCAACCAGUGGACACCCCCAGGCCCACAGGGACUCUGAGCACAGUGGGCCUGCUGCCGAGCGCCCCAGCCCAUGCAGGAUCCCUAAAACAGCUCAGGAGGUCGGCCCCCCGCCACCUUCACUGGCCACGUCUGGGCCCUCCCUUGCCCGUGUCCUUUCUGCGUUCAAGUGCGAUGGCUUCUUCUCAGUUCCAGCCUGCCGGCGCUCCCCACAUCCUCCUGGAAUGCCUGCCUUGCUCGGCUCUAGCUUGUCCUCGGGUACCAGCAAACCCUUCUUUCCAGGCCCUCUCACGUGGUUCCCCCAAAAGCUUCUGGAUGUUUCCUGUAAAUGGAAUCGUGCCACCGGGGCCUUUUGUGUCUGUCUCCUCUCACUCAGCAGUGUUUACAGAGUUCACCCACGUCGUGACUGCCCGUGCUUCAUUCCCCGUUAUCACCGAAUAACAUUCCAUCGUGUGGAUGUUUUAUCUCUUCAUCCAUUGAUGUGCAUUUGAGUUAUUUCCACGUUUUGGCCGUGAUGAACAAAUAGUACUGCUGUGGAUGUUCACGCUCAGGUUUUUGUGCGGACCCAGGCUUUCAUUUUUCUAGGAGUGAGAUUGCUCGUUGAUCUGGUGACUCUAACCCUCUGAGCAACUGCCAGACCGUUUUCCCGGGCGGCUGUCCCACUUAGCGCUCGCCUCCACCAGCGAGACUUCCGCUCCCUCCCUCCACAUCCUCUGUUCCGUGUCUGCCCCUUAGAUCCCAGCCACCCCAGCGGGUGCUGGGCGUCGCACUGUGGUUUUGAUCUAAUCUGCGUUUCCCUGAUGGCUGAUGGUGUUGAGCAUCUUUUCAUAUGCUUCUCGGCACUUGUAUGUCUUCUUGGGAGACAUGUCUGUUCAGAUCUUUGGCCAGUUUUAAAAUCGGAUCAUUUGUCUUCUGGUUGGGCUGUAAGAGUUCUAUAUAUAUUUUGGAUGCAAGACUCUUUAUCAGAAGCGACGCACACCACCUGGAAUGUCGUCAGCGUGAAAUGCCAGAGCACUUCCUUCCCAUCUCUUCAAUGGUUAAGUUACAGUACCACAAACAUGUAAAAAUAAAACUGGGCAGAGCCUGGGUAUACAGUUGAAUGUCCUACAUUUUCACUUCAUUUUUCCUUUUUUUUACAAAGCGUGAUUAAAAUCCACCGUCAGGCCAUUGUAAUUUGCUCCAGCCAUUCCGCGUUGCUGAACAUUUAGGCCCUUUCCAGUUUUCAGCUGCAUGAAUAAUGCAGCAGUGUUUAGCCUUGUCCAUAAAUCUUUCUGUUGUCGCAAGGAGCUUUCUCAGAAGAAAUUCUUAGAAGGUGGUUUACCAAGUCAGAGGGUAGGAACCUUUGAAGUCUUAUAUACAGUCUGUGCCCACAAAUGUCUGGAAGCCUUGAGGGACAGCACUUGGUUGUAUCGCUUGAUUUUUUUCUUUUUUUUUAAAGAAUGAAUGAAUAAUACUUUUACAUUUGGGUGUCUUGGUGCCCAGAUGGUGUUUUGUUUUAAUGAACCUUUUUG